AAAAGAAUACCCCCACUGCAGAGGCACUGCAUGUCGUAAGAGGCGACUAAUCAACGGUGAGUCAACCAAUAACAGACACUUUGGAAGUAGCUUCUAGUAAAAAAAUGCUUAAUAAACGUUUUAGGGGUUUCUCUGUUUUUGAACAGUAAAAAUAACUAGUCUUCGGCUCUACAUCGGCCUAUCAUUUUCAGGCAUGCCAUGCCUUUUACCUUUUCAGUCGAAACAAAAUGCUACAGAAGAAGCCUAAUCCCCCUGAAGGAACCCCAAAAGAAACCUCUGUAAAGGCGUGAAGUAUAGAUGUAAAGAGGGCUUGAUGGAAAUGUGAGAGAGGUUUGAUUGAAUGACGAAAAUUAGGGAAAUGUCAUGGAGAGAGUUUAGAAGCGCGAAAAUGGCUUGAGGGAGAAGCUCUAAAAGAGGUGAAGGAGAUGUAAUUGAAGGGCGAGGAACAUUACAGGGGGUGUGCGGAUGGGGUGUAGGAGAGGUGGAGUUGUAAGCACGAAUCGCAUUAAUGAGAGGAAUGAAUUUACGGCGGUGAUGGAUCUCUCUUCCAAUUUUCGUCAAUUAUAACACUAAUGGAACACCCUAUAUUUAUAGCAGAACAAUGCAGCACAGCUGAUUACGUCACUUACCGACCUCGGUUGUGGUUAGGUUGCUCAACUUAACGUCAAAUUUAUUUCCUUACGAGGCAAGUGCAGGCCAAGCACAUGGUCGCGAUUUAACUGAACAAAUUUUGCAUAAAUUUGGUGUUUUAUGAAGAGUUGUGAUUCACUAUGAGCAGCAAGGAAAAAUUGGAAGCUUUAAUUAAGGACCAAGGGGAAUUAGUUCGAAAAUUGAAGGGUGCAAAAGAAAGCAAACAGAAGGCAACAUUUUAAUAACAAUAUGCUUUCUGUACGUAUCAUCCCGCGUCUGUCACUGCCUGUGGAUCUUGUCCGCUUCACACGUUGUGUAUCUGCAUUUUCGUCAAAGCCACAGAUUGACAAUGAGGUAGCCAAACUUUUGGAAUUGAAAUCUCAGUUAAGUUGUGAAAAUGGUGAAGUUCAAAAAUUCACGCUCAAAACCGCCAAAGGCACGCGUGACUUCUCCCCCCAACAGAUGGCAAUUCGCGAGACGGUCUUCGAGAAGAUCAUUUCCGUAUUUAAACGCCACGGAGCAGAAACCAUCGACACGCCGAUAUUCGAAUUAAAGGAGGUCUUAACAGGCAAAUACGGAGAAGAUUCCAAGCUUAUUUACGAUUUGAAGGAUCAAGGCGGCGAAAUUCUGUCUCUGCGUUACGAUUUAACUGUACCUUUCGCCAGAUACCUCGCCAUGAAUAAGAUUACUAAUAUUAAACGUUACCAUAUCGCCAAAGUUUAUCGACGUGACAAUCCCUCAAUUACCAGAGGGCGUUAUCGGGAAUUUUAUCAGUGUGAUUUUGAUAUCGCCGGAGCGUACGAUCCCAUGAUUCCGGAUGCGGAAUGCGUGAGAGUGGUGCAAGAAAUCUUGGAGUCAUUGGAUAUCGGGUCGUUUGUAAUCAAGCUAAAUCACAGAGCUCUUCUCGACGGAAUGUUUGAGGCUUGUGGAGUGCCACCUGAGAAGUUUAGGUCGAUAUGCUCCGCAGUUGACAAGCUAGAUAAGUCGCCAUGGGCGGACGUACGUAAAGAGAUGAUCGAGGAGAAAGGUCUGACGGACGAGGUUGCCGAUAAAAUUGGUCAAUAUGUGCAGAUGAGUGGUAAACAUGAACUUGUCGAGAAGCUACUAGCGGAUGCUAAUUUAACGAAAGUGCGUGCUGCUGUCGAAGGGUUAGAAGCCAUGAAGCUCGUACUCAAUUACUGUGACUUGCUGGGUGUUAAGGACAAGGCCGUUUUCGAUCUGAGCCUAGCGAGAGGGUUGGACUAUUACACCGGUAUCAUUUAUGAAGCGGUUCUAUUGGGGGAACCUGUCGCGGAGGAUAUGGCAGGUUCAGUAGGUUCUAUAGCGGGUGGAGGUCGUUACGAUAAUCUAGUUGGCAUGUUCGAUGCGAAACACAAACAGGUGCCUUGUGUUGGUGUUUCAAUUGGUAUAGAGAGGAUAUUCGCUGUAAUCGAAGCGAAACUUUUAGCCGGUACCAGUAAAGUGAGAACGACGGCGGUCGAAGUCUAUGUUGCCUCUGCACAGAAAAAUCUACUGGAAGAAAGAAUGAAGGUAUGCAAAGAGCUGUGGAAUGAAGGGAUUAAAGCUGAACAGUCGUACAAGAAAAAUCCAAAGUUACUGGCGCAGCUACAACAUUGCGAGGAGUACGGAAUACCGCUCGCGAUUAUUUUAGGUGAAUCUGAAAUCCAAAAAGGUGUCGUUAAGCUUCGGAACGUUGUCACCAGAAACGAAGUGGAGGUACCACGUGGGAAGUUAGUGGACGAAAUUAAAAAGCAUUUACAACCUGUUUAUUCAAAUGGAAGUACAUGAAGAUUAAAUUCCAAUAAUUUAGCUUUAUUACCCUCAAGUACCAUUAUUUAUUCUUCUACAUGUUCUGUUGUUCCUUAAUACCAAACUGUUUACAAGUAUUACAUCUUUUAUUUUUAUGUACACCUUUAUAACUUUAAUAUAACUUAUGAGCAUUGGUUA